AAAGUAAAGCACAAUUAUUUAUUAAGACUGUACUUAAGUACAGUAUUUAAGUAAAUAUACUUAGUCACUUUCCUCUACUAAAAUUUUUGCUUAAAAGUUUCCACCCUCAGAGAACAGCAAAAAUAGCAUCUUGUUCUCUGUGUUAUUAACAGUCAACCAGUUUUACUUUCACACACCAGCACAAAAACCUUUCCCUCACUUUUGAGUUAAACAUUUACAACAUCUGCUCAGAUCUUAUGUGUCAUUUAUUAAACUCGCUGCAGCAGCACAUCACCUUUUUGUCUUAUCAAGAUACAUGUGAAGGACUGGUAUGCACGUACAAAAGUAUCCACACUGAGAGGGCCUUACAGAGCCCUUUAUUUUUCUCCCUCCACCUCCUUCUUCCUCCCGCUUUUCAAACACAUUAAUGAGUCACUCAGAUAAAAGGUCUCGGAGCCAUAUGGGAGGUGGCAGUGGGAGAUAGAGUUGGUAAAAGAGGGAGAACAAAUAGAGAUAGGAUGACGAAACAUUAACUGUGUGCGUGUGAGAGAGCGAGAGAGAGAGAGAGAGAGACUCACACACCACCACCAUUAGACACCUGUCAGUGCAGGUGGAGACUAACUACUGAAUAUCUGAACCUGGAGAUUUCACUGGAGGGCUCCUCUUUGGACUGUUUUUCUUUUUUCUUUUUUUUAACAAUUAAGACUUUGUAGAUUUAUGUUUUUGAAAUAUUUGGGUUUUGGACAUUACUGAACUUUAAUUUGAAGAUUUGCUCAUUGCUGAAGCCAGAAGUUGAUGUAGUCACUAGUUACUGAAUCCCGUAAUUCAGGUAUGUUCUAAGGAGUAAAAACUGCUGUAGGAGGAAAAAGUUUCUUCUAAGACUUUCGUUCUGAGCGUUCAUCACAGCCUGAAGGAGUUUGUUGUCAGCACGGCUGUUUCCGAGACACCCAACUUCAAAUAAGCUGCAAGAACAUGGCAGACUUCCCGUCCAAAGUUACCACAGAGACCAGCUCCCCCAACUCCAACAGCUCUCAGCAGGGGGGCAACAGCCUCCGAGGGCUGACCGCUAAUGUCACCACCAUGAUGGACAUGUCCUUUAUCCGAAGUAUCCCAGCCAUCCUCAUGAUUGCUGAAAUAUGUCUAGGUCUGCUCCAUUGGGCAUUGAUAGCCGGCACCCCCUAUACUGGGGCGCCGGCAUAUGGCUGGGUGAUGUUUGUGGCAGUCACCCUGUGGAUCCUCACCACCAUCCUCUUCUUCAUGAUCCUGUUCAGCGUCCAGCGAAAACUCACUUCUGUCCCCUGGCCUCUGACGGUGAUGGCAUAUAACGGCAUAGCCACGGUCCUCUAUCUAACUGCCUUCCUGGCCAACGCAGCAUCUGUCCACCCUUACCGCUUUUUGUACUUCUACGGACAUAUGGCAGCCGCUGCAUUCUUUGGUGCUGCGGUGACCCUGGCGUACGGUGUCAGUGCUUUCUUCUCCUAUUUGGACUGGAAGGGAGAUGGAGGAAACGCUGCCACCAGCACGGUGCCGACCUAGGACUAGAACAUGUGAUGCUGCUUUGGGAAAAGUUUGUUUUCUUUCCCUCAAGAUACUGUAGUUAUUCGGAUAGUCUAGUGUCACUUGACUAUUACUGCUGACUCUGGUAACCCAAACCCUGACCUCAGCCUCACCCCAGUAUUAACAAUAAGAUGAAAUCUAAUCCAGACAGAAGAUAUCCACACAUUACUUUUCUGUAAAACUCAAGAGACUUUUACCUUUACAUUAUGGUAAUAAGUUGAAUAUCAACACUGGGUUAUCCACAUAAAUGUGAAUAUUGAUACUGUAUCUCAGCAACACAAUAUCAACACAAUACUUCUUUGAAGGGGAUCUGAUGGACUGCACUGAGGCCUCACAUUCAGGCCUUCCUAAAAUAAUAUAUUUGAUAACACUAUUGUAAAUAGUAUUAAUAAUAGUAAUUAGUAAUUAGUAUCAGAAGUAGUAUAGUAAAUAGUUCAGUAAGUAGUACAUUUGUUCAUUUUCACAGAGAAUGUUAAUAUCAGAUUUUUUUGUAAAAUAUACAAAUGUUUUACACAAUGGGACCAACUUUGAUAUGACAUUAGUUUUGGCAAAAUUACCUCAUGUCUAUAAACAGGAAACAGCAUGCAUGCAAGGUCUUUUCAUAUGUCUGAGUUUAAAACUUGCAUAAUAAUCUUUCAGAUUUACUUGCCUAAAGUAGGACUUAACUUAAAUUUGCAGUGUAAAGCAUUUUGAAUACAUAUAGGUUUCAAAGAUAACACAAUAUUUCAAUUUUAAACCAGUGGACAUAGUUAAAAUUACUAGAAACAAAAUAGAAUCACUGGGGAAAAAAUUUGUAACUACUAAAUGGGGAAAAAACAUGAUGUGGCCUUGGACAGUCAGUGACAUAUAAAUCAGAUUUGCAUCAUGAAAUGGAAAAGGACUCUGCCCCUUUGUGAAUGUGGGGCUUAAGAGGACAAUCUAACAAGAUCCUGACUACAAUCUUUGAAACCAAAGACUUUGAUUUUAAACAUACCUUGUGUGGACUAGGGAGUGUAUUAUGUCUAAGGUUGGAAAAGUAACUAUUCAAAGUUUGUUUUGUAUUUUUUGUUUACAGAGUAUGGUGUUGCUCUCAUAAACUGACAUGGUAAUGGAAUGAAUGUUUCCGUAGUAUCUGUCCAGCAGAAAUCUGUUUUGAUUUCCUCUAUUGAAUAUCCAGACUAUAAUCAUGCGCUCAGAUAGAACCCAAAUAAUUUCACUGAGGAAGCCAAAACAAUGAUGAAUAUAAAAAUAUACAUACAUAGAUUGCAAAAUAUACAGUAUGAAUCAAACAUUUCUUGAAGCUGGCAGUGUUUCUGCAGGACAUUAUUGACUCCUUUAAUGAUUCAAAUGUUAGUCCACUAGCGACUCGUAGAGAUGUGGAAAAAGUGUGCAACAUAUUUUUCUGAUUCAUAUCACACACUGCUCAACUCCUGUUGUACUGUAUGUACCUUUAUGAAAUAUAUUGUGUUUUUGUACCAAGAGUUUGAACACUAGUGAAAUUCUAUUGUUAGUGCUAAACCAAGCACUUAUGUUCUAAUAAAGCACUUGGUGAUUUCAG